AUGAAUCUGGAUGUAAUAAAAGGGUUGGGUUCAGGCGCACAUGCUGGUCACCGCUUGGUGUGUCUCCUAUGCAAGUAUCACAAUUUCACCGCGACCAGCGAUAUCAGAUACUGCCUGCAUAUUCCCAGGAUGGAAUCGUUUUCUCGCGUGUCUUCCGCGGGUCCACAGAUGCCACCGUGUUCGAGGACUUCAUAG